AUGAAAAUUUUAGUUAAAAUUCUUCAAGGACGAGAGUGUGUCGUGGAGAUAUCACCAUCAGAAACUGUUUUGGAGUUGAAAAAUAAAGUUAGCGAGCUUUUGGGUGUGGACGUUCCUCAACAAAAACUUCUGCUUACUGGCAAAGCACUUGCAGAUGAAAAUCCAUUGAGUUUUUAUCCAGGAAUAAAAGACGGCAGCAAGUUAAAUCUAGUUGUCCGAAAAACGACACAAGAGUCAAGCGAUGAGAAGUCACCUGCAGUACAAAAAUAUGGAACAGCGUUACUGCGUGAAUCAGUAUCUAAAAUAUUAAAAAAAUAUUACAGUCAAGCAGAAACGGAGUCAAUUACCAAUGAACUGGUCAAGGAAUUAAGGACCAAAGUUAAUAACCUUAGUUUCGACGAUUUGGAAAGAUUAGCUACCGCUUUACUUCAAGAUCAAGAAAAUAUAGUAUGA